GCGGCUCUUUCGAAACAUAUAACGAGUUUGGGCAAGUUGGAAUGAUCGUUAAGUUCCAAGAUAGUGUUUACGAGAUUGGUACUGACUGAGCUUUCAAAAGAAGAUACAGAUGUCUUCAUCAGAGGAAGAUGAAGUAUUUUUUGGUGAAAUUAGUGAAAAGGAGAAAGUAAAGAUUCGCCGGUAUGCUCAUCGUAAAACUGAAGUCUUCUAUUCUGGAUUUAGAUUAAACAGGAAGUCAAUGUUAGAAGGAAAUUCCUUAAAUCAUACUGAAGAGGUACUUGAAAAAAAUACUGAUAUCAAAAGUCAAUGUAGUAGAGAAGAUGAAGAAGUAACCAUUUAUUCAAAUAGUGAUAUUCCUAGUUUUUACAAAGUUGGAGACAGUUUACAAGCUAGUUCAUCAGAUGAAAAAAACCAAGAAUUAGAAGUUUUCAAUGAAAAGUCUACAGGAGUUAGUAGUGUUCUCACCUCUUCCAGUGAUACAAGAAAAAUUAAUACACAUGAGAACUAUAUUGACUGGUCUUUAACAAAUUGGACUAAAAGUAAAACAGAUGAUUCUGGUAUGUGUACAGAUUUAUUGCAAAGUGAAACUAGUAGCCAGUUGGUAGAGCUUUCGUUAGACUUGACAACUAGUAACAUUUCUGGAGUAAGUGAAUUAGGAUCAUCUGAAUCAGCUGUAACAAUGACAUCUUCAACAAAUGAGAUUUUAGAUGAACUACAAUGUGUAGAAGACUCUCAAGUUUGUGAUAAAUCUGUACUUAGUGCAUCAGAAAACAGAAGUUUUGAAUUCCACAAAUCAGAACCAAAUUGUGGGUCUAAAGAUGAAAAAAAAAAUCAUUAUAUUAAUGCAAGUAUUAAUAAUGCUAAUGUAUUACAUUUCCCUGAAAAUGAAAAACUUUCUCCUGAAAUACGUGAAUGUUCCAUGUGUGUGUCUGAAGAACAUAAGUUGCCUUUUAUAAUUCCACAAACUCUCUCCAAUGAAGUGUGUAUAGAUUCACAUGCAGAAAGGAUCAGUGAGCAAAGGAAACAGGUAGAAGUAAAACUAGACUUUAAAGACUUGUGUAAUGCUAGUAAAGAAAAAGUCAAGAUAGAUGAUAAAAGGUCUAUUGAAAAUCUUGUAAAUAGAAAGAUGCUGUUAAGCAAAGAAACUGAAAUAAUCAUACACUCGUGUAAUGUUGACAGCAAAAUAUCUGCUGCUGACAAUACGUCAGAUAUAAAAGAGAGAAAUUGCCAUUUUACUUUGUCCACAUGCCAACCUGAGAUUGGAUGGAAAAUGCAAAAUAAAACAUCAUUUGAAAAUAAAAUAGAGGAAAAUGCAUCUGAAUCUGAAAGUAAUAACUUAGUAACUGAAACAAAAGUUGAAAGUAAAAAACACAGGGAUGAGGAACAAUGGAUUGACUUUGAAACUAAUGAUGAAAAACAAGUUGAAUUUCAAACAAAUGUUAGGAAAGAAAUUGAUUUUCAAGCACAUGAUGACCAACAUAUUUAUUUACAAGCAGAUAAUAGGGAAACGGUUGAAUUUCCAGAAAAUAAUGGAAAACAAGCUGGAUUUACAACAGAAAAGAGAAAAAUAAAUGAUACUGCAACAGAUAUUAAUAUUCAAGAAAAUGAAAUACCAAAUAAGGAUGAGAAUAACAUAAAUGCAAAAUCAGAUAAAAAUGAAAUAAAGAUUACUUUAUCACCUGAAAAAGAAACAGAAGUAGUGGAUAAUGAAAAAGACUGUCAAACAUCAUUUUUGUUUUUUCCUCUUGACAAAGGACCCUGGGCAGCCUUACGCAAGUCAGACCUUCGUCCCAGCUUGUUACAGCAUAUAGCAGCAACAUUACAUAGGAAAGAACAAAACAAGAAAAGCUUUUUAGACAGUUCAGAUGGUAAAUGUCUUCCUUCAGACAGCCAAUUUUUAGAAAAUACUGUACAAAGCUUAAAAGAAAACAUUCCAAACAAUCAACAGUAUUCUCCAAUUUCUAAAGAGUGUACCCAAAGACGAGGUAAAGAUAAAAUCAGUGAGUUAAUUAUUCAAGAACAAAACAAAUACCAUAUAGAUUUAGCUUCUAAUAACGAAAUUCAAAAUAUUAAAGAGUCUCAUUGUUCUCCUUCUGGAACUGAAACUGUGAAAAGAACUCUUUUUAUUGAUAUUUCUUCAAAAAAUUAUUUGGCACCAUCAGGCAGUUCUAGAGAAGAGUCUAAUCAACAAUCUAAAUGUUCAUCUUAUCAGCAAAUAAAGAACAAACCCAAUAAAUCCACUCAAGUAAAAAUGAACUCCCCAAAAUUGUUAGAUUCUCCUGUACAAAGGAUUUUUCCUGCACCUACUAAGACUCUACAAGUGAAGUCUUGUGCUGCUUUUAGUUCCCCUACAGGAAAAUACAUUUUCAGAAAACCACUGACGUCAGCAUGCAAGAAAAACCUUCAAACAAAGAAACAGCCCUCUAAAAGAACUCCUAAGAAACACAUAAAUGUUAUCAGCCCUGUUGCUCAGUAUAUUCAAGAAAACCCUCCACCUCCGUUGAUUCGUACUUUCAGACCAAAGGCAAAAGGACAUCUUGCAUCAGUUAACAAAUUGGCUUCACCUGAGCUUGUGAAACAGAAGAUAGUUGAAGAUAAGAAAAAGGAUGCAGAACCUUGUGUAAGUCUAGAAUCUAAUGACUCAACACCAGUUCUCCCUGCAGCUAAAUACCAAGCAAAAACAGUUCCCAGGCUGGAUGAGCAGCAGUGGGAUUUGAUUACAGAAGUACAUACCCUACAAAAUAGCAAGAAACUUACCCAGUAUUUUCCUAGCCCUUACAGAGCAGCCAUCACUAAACAUAAAGGAACAAGUAAGACAAUCCAGUGGGCAGAUCACUUAGCUUCAGAAGAUUCCCUCUGUGCAAGCCCCUCACAAGCUCCUUCAGAUGCUGGGAAACCAAUCUUGAUGAAUCAGCAUGCUGGAGAUCAGUCAAGUUUCCUGUUGGAUAUUUCCAGUGAAAACUGUAGGCUGAUGGAAAAAUCCAUCUUGGAGUUGGUCAGUCUAGAAAGAACCAAUACCUUAGGAAAGACCAGGCCAGCCUAAUGUCAGCAGCUAAGGAAACUUAAAAAUGUAGCAUAUGUGAGAGCUUCUUGAAUAUGUAGACAUGCAGUGUGAUGUUGUUUUGUUUUUGUUUUUUUUUUCCAAAUACAAAUCUGGUUUACAUAUAUAUUCUCACCACAUAUUUUUAAGAAGGUCUCUUAUGGACUAUGGCUAGGAGUUCUGGUAUUUUGUUACAAAUGGCUAAAUUGUGUGACAUUUUUGUUAAUAUAAAAUUGAAAGAUACACUGAUGAGUAAAAUGUAUCUUAGACUGGUAUCCUCAUUACAGGGAGGAAAUAUAUAACAUGUUAAGUAAAUAUAAGCAAGACAAUAUCACAGUUAAGUGUUUUUCUGUGAUACACACUGGUUUUCAUUGAUUGUGACUUAAACUGGGAAUUAGUUUGUUUAAUAUAAUUGUUAUGUUAAUGAAAGUUUCUUUCUCAAACUUUCCAAAUAUACUGUAUUGUGUUU